AUGGCGAACAAUGGUGACCCCGGUCAAGGACGGGGAAGUCUGGUUGAUGCGUCCGGGUACACCUUCACGGACAAGGAUACCAAGCCCGGCAAGAUCAAGGUGAAGAAGACAUCCAAGGCGUCCACCAAGAAGAAGGCAGAUGAGGUCAAAGAUGGACCCAUCGAUACCUCCCCUGCCGCAUCUCCCCUCCCCACCCUCGACAGCAAAGUCGUCUCCGUGUUCCCGACCGGCAAGCCGCGUGAAGAUGACCUCCUCGAAACCGUAAUCUGCAAGCAUUGCAAGCGACCUACUCUCAAACAAACCGCUGCGGAUCAUGUCCGCGGCUGCUUGAAGGCCAAGCAGGAGAAGGCGCGCAGGAAGAAGGAAGCCCGCGACGCGGCCAAUCGCCUGAAGGCUGGCGACGAUAGAGACGAUGACGGCCCCGACAAGGCCGACGGAGAAACUCACAACAUGGGUCAGAAGAGCGCCAAGAAGAGCGCUACCAAGGGCACCGAGGAUGGCAACAGGAAGGGCAAAAAGCGCAAGGCUGACGAGGACGACGGCAAGGAGUCAAAGAAGAAGAAGAAGAAGGACGAGCCCAAGCAAAAGACGGCUAAGCCAAAGGGUCCUGUCGAUGUGGAAAAACAGUGUGGUGUUACUCUCCCCAACGGCGCGCAGUGCGCGCGUUCCCUGACCUGCAAGAGCCAUUCGAUGGGUGCUAAGCGCUCGGUACCUGGCCGCACACUGCCGUAUGAUAUGCUUCUCCAGCAGUAUCAGAAAAAGAACCAGGCUCGCCAGCAGAAGGCUGCUAUCGAUGCCAACGCUCCUCUCCAGGAAGAUAUCGAGAAUAGCGGUCCUAUUGACUCGGAUGAAGAAAGAGAUGCCGUCAUGGCCGCCAUUGCCCGUUCUGCACCCCAACCCCUCGUUCGUCACCCCAUCAUCACCACUAAGUCGAAGUACCGAUAUGUCCGCAUCAAGGAGCAGAUGUCGCAUGCCAUGGGAGUUCGGAACGGCGGUGGACUUUUCUCCAACGACGACAGCCAACCCCUUUUCGGUGGCAUUCUUUUCUCGACUGUCGCAGCCGAUUUGGACUCCUCGUCUGUUGACGCCAAUGGAGAAGCUGAUGUCUCCACUGGCGGAAUAGAUGCAGGCAAGAGAUCCUCUAUUUCAGGUAACCGCAAAACUCCGGUCACUGGGGCCUCUUGA